GCGAACUGCAGAACGGAGCUCGGGAGGGAGAGAGCAAGAGCUGCUGAGCGCAGCCCGGGGGAGGAGAGAAAGAGCUGCAGACCUGCAGAGCGGAGCUAAGGAAGAAGAGAGCAAAGGUUGCCGAGCGCAGUCCGGGAAAAAGAGAGCGCGCUGCAGAGGGGAGCUCGGGAGGGAGAAAGCAAGGCCCAGGAAAGAGAGAGAGCGCUGCAAAGCGGAGCUCGGGAGGGAGAGGGCAAGAGUUGCUGAGCGCAGUCCGGGGAGAGGGAGCAAGAGUUGCGGAGUGAAGUCAGGGAGAGAGCGAGCGAGCGAGCAAUAGCUGCGGAGCGGGCCCGGGAAACAGGCAGAGCAGAGGCCAGGAAAGCUAGCGCGAGUUGUGCAGAGGGCGCUCAACCUGCAAAGCGGAGCCCGGGAGAGGACGAUAGAGAGCGAGCGGCGGAGCGGAGCCUGAGACAGACAGAGAUAGAGAAGAGAGCGCCCUGGCAGGAUGGCUGCUGCUCCUCCGAGUUACUGUUUCGUUGCCUUUCCACCAUGUGCUAAGGAUGGUCUGGUAGUGUUUGGCAAAAAUUCAGCCCGGCCCAGAAAUGAAGUUCAGGAAGUUGUGUAUAUUCCUGCCACUAUUCAUGAAUCUGAGAGCAAAGUUGAAUGCACAUACACUGCAAUUGACCAAGUUCAGAAGACGUACGCCAUUGUGUUAAGCAAACCUGCCUGGCUUUGGGGUGCAGAAAUGGGAGCUAAUGAACAUGGGGUCUGCAUUGCUAAUGAGGCCAUCGUUACCAGAGAGCCAGCUGCUGAGAGGGAGGCCUUGCUGGGGAUGGAUCUUGUCAGGCUUGGUCUAGAAAGAGGGGCAACCGCUAAGGAGGCCUUAGAUGUCAUAGUCUCCUUGUUGGAAGAGCACGGACAAGGUGGAAAUUAUUACGAAGAUGGGAACUUCUGCCAUACUUUCCAAAGUGCCUAUCUGAUUGUGGACCGAGAAGAAGCCUGGGUGUUAGAGACGAUAGGGAAAUACUGGGCGGCAGAAAAAAUGACAGAGGGAAUUAAAUGUGUUUGCAAUCAGCUUUCUAUAACCACAAAAAUUGAUGCAGAGCAUCCUGAGCUUAGAAGUUUUGCAGAAAGUCAAGGCUGGUGGACCGGGGACAAAGAAUUCAAUUUUUCUGAAGUGUUUUCCCAAGAAGAUGACCAUCUAGAUUGCUGUUCGGGUAAAGACAGCUUAGAAAAACAGGAAGGGACCAUCACUGUGCAAACAAUGAUCAAUGUCUUAAGGGACAAAGCCAGUGGGGUCUGCGUAGAUUCUGAGUCUUUCCUCACUACAGCCAGUAUUGUGUCAGUGUUGCCCCAGAAUGGUACCUCUCCAUGUAUUCACUACUUCACUGGGACACCAGAUCCCUCCAGGUCUAUAUUCAAGCCUUUCAUUUUCGUUGACGACGUGAAACUUGUUCCCAAAACCCAGUCACCGUCCUUUGGGGAGGAUGACCCCGUGAGAAAGGAGCCUCGCUUCCUGGAGAGACCCGACCGCAGGCACGAGCUGUAUAAGGCUCAUGAGUGGGCUCGAGCCGUCAUCGAGAGUGAUGAGGACCAGGGACACAAGCUAAUGGCCACCAUGCUGGACCUUGAGAAGCAGGGGCUGGAAGCCAUGGAAGAUAUCCUGACCAGCUCCGAACCCUUGGACCCGGCUGAAGUAGUGGACCUUUUCUAUGACUGUGUUGACACAGAGAUUAAAUUCUUUAAGUGAAGUAAGCAUAUUCUUUUUUCCUCUUAAUCCGAAACUACCAACCUGACCAAAUGACGAGCAAACUACUUUUACUACUGUGUGAGUAAAUGAAAAAAAUUACGAUGCCCUUAAAGUUAGCUUUCAUCCCUUUCCUGGAAGGACUCUGCCAGGUAAUACUUAACCAAAUUAGUUUUUGCAUUUGCCUGUUCUUUGGCUGUAAGUCUGAUUUCAAUUUUAAGAUGUUAUUAUCUUCUUUCAGUGAUGAUGGACAGCGUGUUAGCCUUUCACCAGAGGACUAGAAUCCUUCUCCAUGCUGAAUUUUCAGGAAAAAAGCAGACCUUAAGUCUUCUCUUUCCUUCAGUAGCUGUUUCAAGUUAACAAAAUGGCUUUUCUUUGCCCAGUCAUGUGCUGUUAUGUGCAUAAUUCAAGGAGAGAUUCACCUACUGGUCAGUUCCUCCUCAUCUGCAUGCCUGCUGUAGUGUGGAAUGUUUCAGUCUGUUCUUGGCAACAAAAAUGAUAAAGAAUAAAGGGGAAAACCUCUGAUCCAGUCUAAUGACAAGAUUCUGAACUUAGGGAAUCACCUGAAAGUUUUCCUUCAAGAUGCCCAACUGGAGGUAAGGCUCCUGAAAGGUUCUAAAAGUUCCAAGAGGCCUUAGCUACAGUCGAGAUAAUAUAGAGAGUUCAGACUAAGGGCAGUUUUGACUGUUCACAUAGAGAGGGCCGGGGCAGGUGCAGGACAAUGGAUAGUGGCUCUUGGACAUUCACCUGCAGUUUGGUAUAAACAACAGCUGCUUCUCUGAGAUGAAAGAUACCCCAGGCAUGGAAUGAUUCAGGGUCUGGUUCACAGUGCUCAGACCACUCCAGAAUGGACUAAAUGUCCUGACAGUAUCAUCCUAAAUAUGCAGAAAGAAUGACUCAGGCAGUUCACAGGACCAGAAAGGAAAGAGGAGAAGCUACUGCCCUGUUUAGGUGGUGGUUGGUUUUUUGGGUUUUGGGUUUUUUUUUCCCCCACCAGCUGUGUGUGAAGGUCACAGGUUAUUAAACUCAAAAGGAUCUUUGCAACUCAUACCUCCCUUCUUGGAGGAAGGCAGGCAAACUCAUAUUGUAAUUGAACUCAAUUUUUUCUGGCAAAGUAAUCCACUGUUUUGGAGAAAUGCAGCUUGCUUGUGUUUUAUGGAAAAUAGAGAGAUUCUCAGGGGGAGGUCAAUAGGAUUUGAUUUGGGAAGGGCCAGUCUAUAUACUGCACUCUAAAAUGUCUUCCCCACUUCAUAUUCCACCCUCCUACAGGUGGAUCUGUUGCAUUUUCUCCCCGUCACAUAACUACUAUCACAGAUGCUAUUUUCCAAGUUGUUUUUAUUAGGGUUAGACCAGAGGGGCUAGCUCUGUUUGCUUCAGUACUUAUUAGGAAACAAGCGGAGGUGGGGAGGCCAGGUAAUUUUGGGAGGUUGAAGAGAUGAUGAAUGCAAACCUUUAGAGAGAGCCUCACCUAGGACUAUGCAGAUCUGAUCACCUUUUAGCUUUGUGAGACUCUCCAAAGGGGACUACAACCUUUGGGUGACAAUAGUAUUCAGAUGUCUUAAAGUAUUCAGCUGUCUUUUAAUAAUGCAUCAGGCAUGAUCACUUUUCUUCCGUGGCAUGUUUCUUUUUGAGAUAACUGGCCGUAGAGGCUGCUGUAGCAUAAAUAUGCCAUCUGCUCCUUCACUUGUGGUGUUGAUCAGUUUGGUAAGAUGCUGUAUUCAAAUAUGUUCCUUCAAAAUUAGUAUAGCUUUAGAGCCCUUUAAAUCUCAAAGACAAUAGAAUGAGGCCAAAGGUGUUAUAAAAAUUCUCCUUUGCCUCUUGAGGACAUGAGACCUCUAGCAGUUCUUCUUGCUUCAGUUCUAAAAGCAGGCGGAGUCCCUCCCCCACCACCCCAGCUCUUGACAACAGCAGGUUCCAGCAACCUGCAGAGGGCUCUUUAUCGUUCAGAAUAGCCUGAGGAAAAAAUAAUCAUCCAGAAGUUCCUCAGUUUUAACAAACCUCCUUGGAUGGCUAAAUAGCAGAGGAAAAAAGGCAAAGCAAUUUGGUCUUACUAUCAAUUUAGUAAUGACAAAAAGUAGAAGAAACCAUGCUCUGUCAACUCUUCACUGUGUGGUGUGUGAAGGAGAGAGCAAACUUAACAUGGCUAGUUAUUUUACAAUUUUCUUCCUAUGUUCUGGCAUACCAAGUGACUGGUAAAUCAGAAUGUGACAUAUUCCUAUUCAGCUCUAAUGUCCUUGUUUACUAAUACAAAAGCAUAAAAAGGAGCUUUGAGACUGAACAGUGAACACCAUGCAGACCACAACCCUCAAUUUGGCUCCACCAGCAUGGAAUGGCUCAGCCAGGGUGGGGAGAAUCAGGGAAAGAAGGCACCUGGUGGAUGCUUCUGAAUUCAAGCUCUAUCUCACUUCUUACCUUGUUGUCUGCGGUGGAUAGCGAUGGUUGAGUGGUGGGGAUCAAAUAGUAUUUCACCCUGUUGCAAAAUAUGUCAGGUUUCUUAAAACAUUUCUCAUUGAUUAUAUUUGCAAAUCCAAAGCUAAAAGCAGAGAAGUAAGGGCCACGUAAUUGCCUUAAUGAUUGUUAAUUCCAGUUAGAUUUCAGGACUUCCAGAGUAGUCUGUGUUUGGAAGAAGAGGUCUUUAAGGGGUAAUGCAGUGAAAGAAAAGACACAAACUAUCCCCAACAAUUACUGUGAUAGAAGGCUAUGUUCCCAGACAGGAUCUGCUUUCUUUUAAGAGGAAUUUGCUCUUGUCUAGAUGAGUUGGAAUUCAAAUGAAGUUAUUUUUCAUUCAUGCAGGUUAUCUAGAUCUGGUCCAGCCUUAUUAAAACUAAUCCAAAAGCUGUGGAUUCUUUAACUCAUAGGUAAGAUGCAGUGCCAUUAUGAGGUACUUAAUAAUGAGCUUCUAGUAGAUUACCAUUACUGAUUCUAUAUCCUAUGAAUUAAUAUCCUUUACUAGAAACUAUAUGUUAAAAAAAACCACAACACUGACUUACUAAGUAGGGUGUUUUUUGUUUUGUUUUGUUUUCUAAUUGAUAUGUCAAUUCUGCAAAGGCCCAGAGGUGUGGUAAUGUACAUCUGGCUUCACAGCCAGGGAAGCAAAGGGAGACCACAGUUGUCAGUUUUACAAGCUGUUCCCUGCAGCCGCUGUUGCCCUAAAUGCCAGGCAAUUUUUACCAGCCCUGUUUCCUAGCCCAGGGAGGUUUUGAGGGACAUACCUUUUUCUAACCAACCCAUACCUCAGGAGAAUCUGGUUUAGAAGUUUAUUGGGGGAGCUACUAGGUAUUUGCUUGUAAUCUUCUUGUUAAAGAAUUCAAAUGUAAUUUUGUUGAUGGGGGAAAUGCUGUUUGCCAAGAAAAAAAAGGGAAACAUUCCAUUUUGGGGAGUAGAUCGUGGUGUUCUAACAAUCUUUUGUACAACUUCCCAUUACAAUGAAAAUACUUCCCUUCACAUGCUCUUGCCCAUGGAAUUGUCUCGAGAUCCAUCAUGUAAACAAUAAACAGAUGCUGGAUAACCGAU